AUGGAUGAGCUCACGUCGGAACUCCGCGUGCGCGACACCGCGGAGGCGGAGCCUGAGUGCAGAGAGCAGCCUGAUAGCGCUGGGAGGAAAAUGUCUUGUGGGCUGUGGAAAGAGACCGUGGCUCUGGCAGAGGACUACCUAUGCCUGUGCCUCUGCGGCCCACAGGCAGCAGCUCCUGCUCCUCCCAGCGGGGCGGCCGCUGCUAUGAGGCGCCUGGGCCAGGAAAUGGAGGCCCAGCACAAGGCACGCUUCCACUCCUUAAGCCAAACCUUUCUGAAGCAAUGCGGGCCGGACCCUUGCUCGAGUCUCAGAAAGGUCAUGGAGGAGCUGGUGGGAGAUGGACACUUGAACUGGGGAAGGGUUGUGUCCCUUUUCACCUUUGCUGGGGUGCUGGCCAGACAUAUACAAGAGCAGAAGAGUAGCAGACCAGGGCUGGACUCUGGACAAGUGCCCGCAGACUGCAGGCGGCUUGCACAAACUAUAGCCGAUUACCUGGGGGUAGAGAAGAGGACUUGGCUAAUGGAAAACGGAGGCUGGGGAGGUUUCUGUGAGUUCUCAUGCCAUGCCAGGACCGUGGACCAGGACUCGUCCAUAAAGACUGCUCUGUUUGCUGCUGCUGGGGUGGGUCUAGCUGGCCUUACCUUCCUCUUGGUGCGCUAG